AUGAAGAUCCAUUAUCUCCUAAUUGUGUUGCUCUUCUUGUUCUUGGUGCCCGUUCCAGGUAAUGGGUGGAUCAUUAACACUAUGAGAAGAUAUUAUUGCAAGAUAAGAAACGGUCGGUGUGCUUUCCUGGGCUGCCUGGCAAAGGAGGAGCAGAUAGGCCGCUGCUCCCUGAAAGGCCGGAAAUGCUGCAGAAAAAAGAACUGA